AUGGCCGGCACCGUGCUUUUGGCUCAGGCUGAGCCUGAGGUGGAGGUGCAGCGCGAUUACUUCAAUAACGGGAACCUGCGGGUCGAGCGGGAAGUGAUUCGCGAUGCCGAGGGCAACGCCAUUCGCCAUGGCAAGGAAGUGCGGUAUCACCUCUCGGGCGAGCCGGAACUGGAGCGGCGAUUUCACAACGAUGUGCUUCACGGUCCUUGGGCCGAGUGGUAUGCCAGUGGCGAGAAGAAGGCCGAAGGGAAUUAUAAGAACGGCGAGCGCGAAGGAACCGAGCUGCAUCUGAGCCGUAACGGCGUGGUAUUUCUCGAGUCGAACUACAAAGAUGGCCUACGGCACGGGAAACGAAUCGAGCGCAUUGCUGCUGAAACCAAAAUCGUCGAAGCGGAGUACGACGAGGGCGAUCUGCACGGCGAGUACCACGAGUGGUAUCCCUCGGGCACAGAUAAGCUCGAACAGCACUACGAUCAUGGCGUUUUACAUGGGUUCGAACGCCGGUGGUAUCCCAGUGGUCAGCUAAACGUCGAGUCCAAUUACGCGCAAGGUCAACGCGACGGCCUGUUUCAGGAGUGGUUUCUCAACGGGCAACUGAUCAACUCGGUGAACUAUUCCAAUGGCACUGCCGAGGGCGAGGCCAAGACUUUCUAUGCGAACGGGAAGAAAAAGAGCGAAGGCACCUAUCACAAUGGGGCCAUCGAAGGCUCUUGGACCGAAUACUUCGACAACGAAGAAAACCUGAAGAAGGCCGAAUACAACUACCGUGAAGGACAGCAACACGGCACCCAGCUAGCCUGGUAUGAGAAUGGCCAGAAAACGUUGGAAAUCAACUUCGAAGAUGGCAUCGAAGAGGGCCCUUGGACCGAGUGGUACGAGAGCGGCAUCAAGAAGGCCGAAGGGAGAUACGUUGAUGGCCAAUUCGAAGGGGUGCAAACCUUCUGGCACGAGAAUGGCGAAAAGUGGGCCGUUCGGGAAUACCUGCGGGGUCUUCGCCACGGAACCUGGCGCGACUGGGACGAGGCGGGCACGUUGAUGAACGAAGAAUACUACAGCGGCGGUCGAAAGCUGGAAUCGCCGCCAGAGGGCAGCAGUUCCACGGCCAACGAAGAAUAUCGACAGCACUUCGCUAGCAACUCCACCUCUGCGAGGGAAACCUCCCUCGUGGCAUUGCGGGUUACGCCGGUCGUGUCAUCGCCCGUCCUGCAUGGCCCGCAGAAUGUCUACAAGUGGCCCGUUCAAAGUCACUUCACUCACGGGGCAGAGCAUGGCUUGGCGGUGCGAAGAAUCGAGUUUAGGAGCGAAAUGCUCCUGCGAACGAUUGGCGAUGCUCAGAAUCGCGAACAAGAACUUCUGGACCGACUUAGCGAUUCGAUCGAAGUCGUCACGGUUCAGUCGAUGCUUCGUGCAUUGGCUCAGCUCGGGCGUAACGAUUUCGAAGGCGUGUAUGUUAGUUCGGACCACCUGAAAGACGCCUUCCAGGUUGGAAAGCUGCUGCAGAACGAGAAAAUUCUCGAAGGCAUGCCCGACGGCGUGGCCCUGCUGGACAGCGACAACACCAUCAUUUGGGGCAAUGGGCGACUUCGCUCUUGGGCCGCCGAUCGCGAAGUUGUGGGGGCGAACUUCUAUUCAGCCCUGGGUAGCCCCGAAAUUUUGGGGCCUGAUUAUUGCCCGUUCCACACGGCACUUUCGUCGAAUAGUAAUGGGGCUUCUACGCUUUUACGUUCUCACGACGGAAAGUACUACCAGGUUCACGCCACCGCGGUGCAAGAGCCCGAUAACCCGCCCCGGCACCUGAUUGUUACGGUGCGAGAUGUUACGGGCGAGAUGCUUCAGCAACAAAAGCUGGCGGCGAUCCACCAGGCGGGAGCCGAUUUGGCCGACAUCAAGCCCGACGAAUUGGGCCAGAUGACGGUCGAGGAGCGGAUUGAGCUGCUAAAAUCGAACAUUCUGCACCACACCAAAGACUUGCUGAACUACGGCGUGGUCGAGAUUCGCCUGCUUGACCCCGAAACCGGCCGGCUCGAUUCGCUGCUGGCCGAGGGAAUCCAAGACGAGGCCGCCCGACGUGAGCUGUACGCACUGCCCCAAAGGAAUGGCGUGACGGGCUUCGUGGCCGCCACCGGGAAGAGCUACCUGUGCGAGGACACGACGGAAGACCCCCUCUACUUCGAGGGGGCCGCGGGGGCCAAGAGUUCGCUCACCGUUCCGCUGAUACUGCACGACGAGGUGAUUGGUACUUUCAACGUCGAGAGUACCGAGCCGCGGGCCUUCAACGAGAGUGACCUGCAAUUUCUCGAAAUCUUCACACGCGACCUGGCCGUGGCGUUGAACACGCUCGAACUGCUGGUCGCGGAGAAGGCCAGCACGGCCGCCGAAAGCGUUGAGGCCAUUCAUAGUGCGGUGGCCCUGCCGGUGGACGAUAUUCUGAACGACGCCGUCAACGUGAUGGAGAACUACAUCGGACACGACCCCGACGUCGUUUCGCGAUUGCAGUGCAUCCUUCGCAACGCGCGGGAUAUCAAGCAGGUGAUUCAGUCGGUGGGCCAGAAGAUGGCCCCGACUCAGGCUUACCCCUUGAACGUGCCCGGUGGGGAGCAGGCCGAGCUUCGGGGGCGACGGGUGUUGGUGGUUGACGAAGACGGCGAUGUCCGCGGCGCCGCACAUGCGUUGUUGGAGCGUUACGGUUGUGUGGUCGAAACCUCACACAACGGGGCUGAAGCUUGCCUGAUGGUUCGCAAUGUCGCCCCCAGCAAGUACGACGCGAUCAUUUCCGAUAUCCGGCUUCCCGACAUGACCGGCUACGAGCUGUUCCUCAAGCUGCAAAAGAUGCUGGACAAGGUGCCUUUGAUCUUGAUGACCGGCUUCGGCUACGACCCUGGGCAUUCGAUUGUAAACGCACGUCGGGCUGGUGUGCGGUCGGUUUUGUUCAAGCCGUUUCGCCUCGAUCAGUUGCUGGAAACGGUCGUCAAGACGAUCAGCCCUUAG